GCAGAGGACUGGUAACUCCAAGCGGCUGCCUAAACCAUGACUGCGCUGAACUGUGUGCCUCCCAAUCCCUGCCAUAGCCCUGGACAGAAGUCGCCUGUGCUGGAGUCCACUUUUGGCUGAACCAUGGUCAUUCUGCAGCAGGGGGACUAUGUGUGGUUGGACCUGCAGACUGGCCGGGAGUUCCAUGUGCCGGUGGGGGCUGUGGUCAAACUGUGUGACUCCAGACAGAUCCAAGUACUGGACGAUGAGGGACAGGAGCACUGGAUCUCCCCUCAGAAUGCCACCAACAUCAAGCCCAUGCACCCCACCUCCAUCCAUGGGGUAGAGGACAUGAUCAGGCUGGGAGACCUGAACGAGGCUGGUAUCCUCCGCAACCUGCUCAUCCGGUACAACGAGAGGGUCAUCUAUACGUACACAGGCUCCAUCCUGGUGGCGGUGAACCCGUACCAAGUGCUGCCCAUCUACACGGCCGAGCACAUCCGCCUUUACACCAACAAGAAGAUUGGAGAGAUGCCCCCCCACAUCUUUGCCAUCGCAGACAACUGUUACUUCAACAUGCAGCGGACCAACAAGGACCAGUGCUGCAUAAUCAGUGGGGAGUCUGGAGCAGGAAAGACUGAGAGCACUAAGCUGAUUCUACAGUUUCUGGCAGCCAUCAGUGGACAGCACUCCUGGAUCGAGCAGCAGGUCCUGGAGGCCACACCCAUCCUGGAGGCCUUUGGUAACGCAAAGACCAUUCGCAAUGAUAACUCCAGUCGCUUCGGGAAGUACAUCGACAUCUACUUCAACAAGAGAGGAGCCAUCGAGGGGGCAAGGAUCGAGCAGUACCUCCUGGAGAAGUCACGCGUGUGCAGGCAGGCUGCGGAUGAGAGGAACUACCAUGUGUUCUACUGCAUGCUGAGGGGGAUGGCCCCAGAGCAGAAGGCCAAGCUGGGACUGGGCCUGGCCACAGACUACUGCUACCUCACGAUGGGGAGAUGCACAGAGUGUGAGGGCCGCAACGACCUGGCGGACUACUCCAGUAUCCAGUCGGCCAUGAAGGUCCUGAUGUUCACCCACACAGAGAACUGGGAGAUCUCCAAACUGUUAGCCGCCAUCCUGCACAUGGGCAACCUCCGAUUUGAAGCUCGCACCUUUGAUAACCUGGAUGCCUGUGUGGUGGUACACUCCCCAGACCUGAGCACAGCUGCGGCUCUGUUGGAGGUGGAGCCCAAAGAUGUGAUGCUGUGUCUAACCACGCGCACCUUGAUCACCCGUGGAGAGAGCGUGUGUACCCCACUCAACAUGGCACAGGGGCUGGACGUGAGGGACGCCUUCGUCAAGGGUAUUUACGGCCGUCUGUUUGUGUGGAUCGUGGACAAAAUCAAUGCAGCGAUUUUCAGACCCCCGUCCUGUGAGAGCAGCGUGAUGCGCAGAUCUAUAGGUCUGCUGGAUAUCUUUGGCUUUGAGAACUUCACUGUGAACAGUUUUGAGCAGCUGUGCAUUAACUUUGCCAAUGAGAGCCUGCAACAGUUCUUCGUGCGUCACGUGUUUAAGCUGGAGCAGGAGGAGUACAACCUGGAGGACAUCAGCUGGCAGCACAUCGAGUUCAGCGACAACCAGGAGGCGCUAGACAUGAUUGCCAUCAAGCCCCUCAACAUCAUCUCACUCAUUGAUGAGGAGAGCAAGUUCCCCAAGGGCACAGACGCAACCAUGCUGUACAAACUCAACUCUCAGCACAAGCACAACUCAUACUACAUCCCUCCCAAGAACAGCUACGAGACCCAGUUCGGGGUCCAGCACUUUGCCGGGGUGGUCUACUACGAGACCAAAGGGUUUCUGGAGAAAAAUCGUGACAGCCUCCACACAGAUAUCAUUCAGCUGGUCCACUCCUCCAGGAACAAGUUCAUCAAGCAGAUCUUCCAAGCUGAUGUAGCCAUGGGUGUGGAGACGAGGAAGCGCUCCCCUACUUUAAGCAGUCAGUUCAAGCGCUCGCUGGAGCUGCUCAUGAGAACGCUGAGUGUGUGCCAGCCCUUCUUUGUACGCUGCAUCAAACCCAACGAGCACAAGAAGCCAAUGUUGUUUGACAGAGAGCUGUGCAUCCGUCAGCUCCGGUACUCUGGGAUGAUGGAGACCAUUCGGAUCAGGCGGGCCGGGUACCCCAUCAGAUACACCUUUGCGGAGUUUGUGGAACGCUACAGGGUACUCAUGCCUGGAGUCAAGCCCGCUCACAUACAGGAUGAUCUGCGAGGGACAUGCAAGCAGAUCGUCCUGGCCAGACUGGGCAAACAUGGAGACUGGCAGAUCGGAAAGACCAAGAUUUUCCUAAAGGACCAUCACGACAUGCAGCUGGAGAUUGAGAGGGACAAAAGCAUCACAGACAAAGUCAUCCUCAUCCAGAAGUCUGUGAGAGGACACAGGGAGAGAACAACUUUUCUGAGGAAACGUCAUGCAGCCAUAGUUAUCCAGACGAUGUGGAGGGGCUACAGGUGUAAGAGGAACUUCCACAAGAUGCAGAGGGGCUUCCUGCGCCUCCAGGCUGUGUACAAAUCCAGAAAGUACCACCAGAGUUACCUCCUGACCCGGCUGCGUGUUACUCAGAUCCAGGCUCGCUGCAGGGGCUUCCUCAUCAGGCAGGCCUUCUGGAGACGUGUGCGGGCUGUGGUCACCCUCCAGGCCCACACCAGAGGCAUGAUUGCCCGCCGCAUGUGCCAGCGCCUCCGGGCCGAGCGGCAGAAGUGUUUGGAGGCAGAACGUGAACGGCUGGCGGAGGAGGAGCAUCUGAAGAACCUGAUGACGGCGCGCAGAGCCAAAGCUGAGGCCCAGAGGAAACAUGAGGAGAGGCUGGAGCUCCUGGCCCAGGAAAGAGAGGAGCAGGCCCGUGAGGACAGGGAGGAGGCGCGGAGAAAGAAGGAGCUACUGGAGCAGGUGGAGAGGGACAAGGAGCAGCCCGUGGACCACUCUGACAUGGUGGACCGCAUGUUUGGUUUCCUGGGCAACACCGGAGCACUGGCCAAUCAGGACGGAGAGGCACCAGCAGCCUUUGAGGACCUGGUGAAGCCCAGUGUGGCUGUGGACACAGAGGAGCUUCUGGCCCCUCCUCUACCCGCAGACGAGCACGAGGAUCUGUCCAACUACAAGUUCUCCAAGUUCGCCGCCACAUACUUCCAGGGCGUGUCCACCUACACAUACAUCAGGAGGGCCCUCAAGCAGCCCCUGCUCUUCCACGAGGAUGAGGGCGACCAGCUGGCUGCCUUAGCAGUGUGGAUCACGGUGCUGCGUUUCAUGGGAGACCUGCCCGAGCCCAAGUGUCAGCUGGUUCUCAACGACGGCAGUGAGAAGAUCCCUGUGAUGACCAAGAUCUAUGAGACUCUGGGCAAACGCAGCUACAAGAGAGAGCUACAGGAGUUGCAGGUGGAGGAGGAGCUCACGAUCAGCUCCACAGACAGUCAGAAGAGGAACAGUGUGCGCCACAAACUCAUCUCUCUCACUCUCAAGAAGAAGUCCAAGAUCACAGAGGAGGUGAGUCGGCAGCUGCGUGACGGGGACUACAGUCUGCAGGGGAACAGCAUGUUAGAAGACAGACCCACUUCAAACCUGGAGAAGCUACACUUCAUCAUCGGGAACGGCAUUCUCCGACCAGCGCUCAGGGAUGAGAUCUACUGUCAGAUCUGCAAACAGCUGAGUCAGAACCCGUCCAAGAGCAGCCAUGCCCGGGGCUGGAUCCUGCUGUCUCUGUGCGUCGGCUGCUUUGCUCCCUCCGACAAGUUUGUCAAAUACCUGCGCAGCUUCCUGCUGAGCGGGCCUCCUGGCUACGCUCCAUACUGUGAGGAGAGACUGAGGCGGACCUUUGUCAACCGCACCCGCACACAGCCGCCAUCUUGGCUAGAACUCCAGGCCACUAAGUCCAAAAAGCCAAUAAUGUUACCGGUGACAUUCAUGGAUGGCACCACAAAGACGCUGUUAGCCGACUCUGCCACCACGGCCAGUGAGCUUUGCAAUGCUCUGGCAGACAAGAUCAACCUGCGCGACCGCUUCGGCUUCUCCCUCUACAUCGCCCUGUUCGACAAGGUGUCGUCUCUGGGCAGCAGUAACGACCACGUGAUGGACGCUGUCUCUCAAUGUGAGCAGUACGCCAAAGAACAGGGCGCGCAGGAGAGGAACGCCCCCUGGAGGCUGUUCUUCAGGAAGGAGAUUUUCACACCCUGGCACUGUCCCGCAGACGACCAGGUGGCCACCAACCUCAUCUACCAGCAGGUGGUACGAGGAGUCAAGUUUGGAGAGUACCGCUGCGAGAGGGAGGAGGAGCUGGCAGAGCUGGCCUCACAGCAGUACUAUGUGGACUACGGCUCAGAGCUGCUCCAUGACCGGCUGCUCAGUCUCAUCCCCUCGUACAUCCCCGACCGAGAGAUCUCCUCCAGCAAGAGCCCUGAAAAGUGGCUCCAGCUGGUCACCGCUGCUCACAAGAAGGGAGUGCAGAGCCGUCGGAGGAGCAGCGUUCAGAAGGUGAAGGAGGACGUGGUGGACCUCGCUCGGAUAAAAUGGCCUUUGCUCUUCUCACGCUUCUACGAGGCCUUCAAGUUCUCAGGGCCCAGUCUGCCCAAGAACGACGUGAUAGUGGCGGUGAACUGGACCGGGGUGUACUUUGUGGACGAGCAAGAGCAGGUGCUUCUGGAACUGUCCUUCCCUGAAAUCACUGCAGUCUCCAGCAGCAGAGGAGGCAAACUGCAGGGCCAGAGCUUCACCCUGGCCACCAUCAAAGGCGACGAGUACACGUUCACCUCUAACAACGCCGAGGAUAUCCGCGAGCUAGUGGUCUGCUUCCUGGACGGGCUGAGGAGGCGGUCCAAGUAUGUGGUGGGACUGAUGGACUGUCCCAGCUCUGCUGGGGAGGACAACACCUUCCUGUCCUUCCAGAAGGGUGACCUGAUCAUUCUGGAUGAGCACGAGGGAGAGCAGGCUUUGACCUCCGGCUGGGCCCAUGGAUUUAACGAGCGCACCCGCCUCAGAGGAGACUUCCCCGUGGACUGUGUCUAUGUGCUCCCCACCAUCACGCGCCCCCCCUACGACAUAGUGGCACUGGUGUCCAUGACCCCAGACCAGAGGAGGGAGUCCAUCACUCUGUCCCAGCUGGAGCUGUCUGAGCACGAAGAGAGAGCCAAAGCCUACACACUGGAGGAGUUCUCCUAUGACUACUUCAGGCCUCCCCCAAAGAACACGCUGAGCAGGAUGAUGUCCAAGUCUCGGACCAAAGACCGUUUGUGGAGUUGCAGCCGGGAGCCCCUCAAACAGCCCCUGCUCAAGAAGGUUCUGUCCCAGGAGGAGCUCUGUCAGGAGGCAUGCCAGGCCUUCCUCGCCAUCCUGAAGUACAUGGGCGAUUAUCCGUGCAAACGUGUGCGAUUUGUCAAUGAGCUGACGGACCAGAUCUUUGAGGGAGCACUGAAGGCCGAGCCACUAAAGGAUGAGAUCUUCUGCCAAAUCCUCAAGCAGCUCACCGACAACCACAUCAAGUACAGUGAGGAGAAGGGCUGGGAGCUGCUCUGGCUCUGCACUGGUCUGUUCCCUCCCAGUAACAUGCUGCUCCCCCAUGUGCAGAGAUUCCUCCAGGCCAAGAAGCACUGCCCCCUCGCCCCGGACUGUAUGCAGCGACUGCAGAAGGCACUUCGAAAUGGCUGUAGAAAGUACCCCCCUCACCUGGUGGAGGUGGAGGCCAUCCAGCACAAGACCACCCAGAUCUUCCACAAGGUGUACUUCCCCGACGACUCCGAUGAGGUGUUUGAGGUGGAGUCCAGCACUAAGGCGAAAGACUUCUGCCACAGUAUCUCUGCUCGUCUUCUGCUCAAGUCCUCGGAGGGCUUCAGCCUCUUUGUCAAGAUCACAGACAAGGUCAUCAGUGUACCAGACGGGGACUUCUUCUUUGACUUUGUGAGACACCUGACAGACUGGAUCAAGAAGGCCCGCCAUGUCAAAGAUGGAGGCCAGCUGCCCACACUCACCUACCAGGUGUUCUUCAUGAAGAAGCUCUGGACCAACACCACUCCAGGGAAGGAUUCCAUGGCCGACUCCAUCUUCCACUACUACCAGGAGCUGCCGAAGUACCUGCGCGGGUACCACAGGUGCAGCCGAGAGGAGGUGUCCCAGCUGGCAGCUCUCAUCUACAGAGUCAAGUAUGAGGAGGACAAGAGCCACUUCCACAACCUGCCCAAGGUCCUCAAGGAGCUGGUGCCCCAAGACAUGAUCCGACUGCUGGGCCCGGACGACUGGAAGAGGUCCAUCAUGUCACUGUACAACAAACACUCAGGAAAGACUCGAGAAGAGGCCAAACUCUCCUUCCUCAAAAUCAUCUACAAGUGGCCCACCUUCGGCUCCGCCUUCUUUGAAGUCAAGCAAACGACAGACCCAAACUACCCCGAGACUCUGCUGAUCGCCAUCAACAAACAUGGAGUCAGCCUCAUCGACCCCAAGACCAAGGACGUCCUGACCACGCACCCCUUCACCAAGAUCUCCAACUGGAGCAGUGGGAACACCUACUUCCACAUCACCAUUGGCAACCUGGUGCGAGGGAGUAAGCUGCUCUGUGAGACCUCCCUGGGCUACAAAAUGGAUGACCUCCUGACAUCGUACAUCAGCCAGAUGCUGACCACCAUGACCAAACAGAGGACAUCCCGCAGCAGCACCAAAUGAAACUGCCCCCUAACCCUCCCUCCUCACAUAGGUCCUCACACGUGCGGGCAUGUGCCUGGUCUCCAGCAUGUCUGUGUCCUUCGAAGCACCUCUUGCCUUUAAUUCGUCCACAGAGUUUUUGUAACACCACCGUUGUCAUAGUGAUACCGUUUUCCUUCCCUGUUUGCUGAUACAUUACUGAUAACCACAUUUCCACACAGUAUUUGUGCCACCUUAAGAAUAGUUAUGCUAUUUUAAAUAUAAACCUCUAGUGACAUUUCAAACAUGUAUCAUCAUGUUGUUUCAUUAUUUGUGUCUCUAGCAAUAAAUACAUUUUACAAA